AUGUCUUCCCCAGCUCCUCAAUACGUCUACGUCCCCAACCUCGUGGGCGGCCAAAUGCUUCGUCUCCCCGUCGAAGACCCCUCUGCAGACGGCCAGGCCUCGAUUGCUCAGCAGCCCAUUGCGAGCCCAACCCUCUCGUCGCGCUACACACGCGACUCAUCCCCCUCGCCUAGCGUCGAGAGCGUCGAGUCCGAGGAGUAA